AUGGUUCACUACCCACGACUACUCUGUCUGCACGGUGGCGGUGCCUCCGCCGCCAUUCUCCGAGUCCAGUUUGCCAAGUUGGAAUGCGCUUUGGGCAACCGCUUUCAGCUCGUCUACCUCGAGGCUCCUCUAGACAGUGAACCUGGUCCUGGAGUUCUCCCAUUCUUUGAGAACUAUGGCCAAUACUCUUGCUGGGUGAGCGACGACGAUAGUUUGCCGUCUCAGAGAAAGAGCGAAGAAGAGGACAACGCUAUCGCAUAUAUCAAGAGCUUCAUGCUCCAGCAUGGUCCUUUCGUAGGAAUACUUGGAUUCUCUCAAGGGGCGCGUGCCGCUGCCAGUAUGUUGCUUGAGCAACAAAGACAGCCCUUCACACCGAAUCCUUUGUUUGGUGUGUUUUUCUGUGGAACAUUUCCCCCUUUUGUUUCUGGAACUCCUGAGAUUAGGUUACCGACCUUGCACGUCUUGGGGCUUUCAGACCCUUAUCUCCAAGAGAGUGAACUCUUGUUGAGACAUUGUACUCAGCAGAGUGUCAGGAGGGUUAUCAAGUUCAACGGCGGGCAUCACAUGCCUACCAGUCAGGAUGUCACACAACAGAUCGCUGAAGCCAUCUCUAUGAUCUAUAGAGGACUGAACAGGAAGAGAGUGUCUACUGUCUGGCAAAGGAAGGUUUCGAGCUCUAUGACUGCUACAAUUGAGAUUUAA